AUGUCGCUGCAAUCUCCAAAGACCACCCCACGCCGCAAUCUACUUGCCAAACAGCCGCUCCCGAAGCCGUCCAAACAAGUACCCCGCCUCCUGAACCCCGCCUCUAAAGCUGCAGAAAUCCAGCUCCAAAUGCCAGUCUGCUCCAACGACGCCGGAACCGCCGGGUCGAACGCGAAACGUAACCAGGAUCGCGAGUUGCGGGUCAUUGAGUUCGAUGCCUCACGCGUACCCCAGCCGUUUCUCGAUGGCGAGAAGGUUUUGCAGGAAAUGAAAGAUCUUCGAAUGGUUAAAGAAGCAGCUCCCACGAGGAGCGUGUGA